ACGCCCUGCGGACGUGCGAACAUUGAGCCUUCCGCAGGGCGCUAUUUUUACACGCCGGCAAGGUUUUGGCUCGCCUCCCGCCUGUGCGUGGGUGCUGCAGGAGUCAUCUGAGCCCUGGCCGCAGUUGUGCCGGAGCCGCUCUCGUGACAGCGUGCUGCCGCAGCGCCCGCUCGUCCCACUGCCGGCUGCUCCUUGCCUCAAGCAGAACUUGGGAACGCGUGGUGGCAUUUCCCACAUCCAUGUCCCGGUAGAGCUGGAUUAAUGCGGUAAUGCCGGAAGACACAGUUUCGCAACCCCAGGCUGUACAUAGCCAACUGGAGAAGCCAUCAAGUACUGCAAUUCUCUGCAAUACCUGCGGAAACCCAUGCAAAGGCGAAGUUUUGAGAGUUCAGAACAAAUAUUUCCAUAUUAAGUGCUUUGUUUGCAAAGCUUGUGGAUGUGACCUGGCUCAAGGAGGAUUUUUUGUGAGACAGGGAGACUACAUCUGUACUUUGGACUACCAGAGACUCUAUGGUACACGGUGCUUCAGUUGUGAUGAAUUCAUUGAGGGAGAAGUGGUCUCAGCACUGGGCAAAACCUAUCACCCAGACUGUUUUGUGUGUGCUGUGUGCAGGCUGCCUUUCCCUGCAGGCGACCGGGUAACUUUUAACGGGAAAGAGUGCAUCUGCCAGAAAUGUUCCCUGCCCCCUUCCAGCAGCACUGGCUCUUUCCCAGUACAGAACUUGCGAAAUUGUGGAGGCUGUGGUUCAGAAAUAAAAAAUGGUCAGUCAUUGGUUGCCUUGGACAAACACUGGCAUUUGGGCUGUUUUAAGUGCAAUACAUGUGGCAAGCUACUGAAUGCAGAGUACAUCAGCAAAGAUGGCAUUCCAUAUUGUGAAACAGACUAUCAUGCAAAGUUUGGUAUCAGAUGUGACAGUUGUGAAAAGUAUAUCACAGGAAGAGUGCUCGAGGCAGGAGAGAAACAUUAUCACCCAACUUGCGCACGAUGUUUCAGGUGCAGUCAGAUGUUUGCAGAAGGAGAAGAAAUGUAUCUUCAAGGUACAUCCAUCUGGCAUCCAGUUUGUAGACAGGCUGCCAAAGCUGAAGAAAAAAACAAGGAAACAAGGACUUCCUCUGAGAGUAUUAUUUCUGUACCUGCCUCAAGUACAUCAGGUUCACCAAGCCGUGUGAUCUAUGCAAAGCUUGGAGAUGAAAUUCUUGACUACAGGGAUUUGGCUGCUCUUCCUAAAAAUAAAGCCAUCUAUAAUAUUGACCGCCCAGAUAUGAUCUCCUAUUCUCCAUAUAUCAGUUACUCUUCAGAUGACAGGCAUAGUUACGGGGAGUCACCUCAGUUGCUCUCUCCAACACCUACUGAGGGUGACCAAGAUGACAGAUCUUUCAAACAGUACAGGACAUCAAGUCCUAGCUCUGCCGGCUCACUGGGUUAUGGUCGCUACACUCCAACGUCCCAUUCUCCUCAGCAUUACAGCAGACCAGCUGGUACUCAGAGUCUUGGUACCAGUAGCUGCAUCUCCCUGCCCCAACACCCAAGCCCUACAUCUACAUUCAGACAUCAUUACAUCCCUUUCUUCAAAGGCAGUGAAAGUGGUCGGAGCACUCCAAGCUUAUCCAUGUACUCAGACAGCAAAUCUUCAUCUUCUGUCUAUCAGCAGGCUCCUAGACAUUUCCAUAUUCCAGACACUGGCGUAAAAGAUAACAUCUAUAGGAAACCUCCUAUCUACAAACAGCAUGCAUCAAGAAGAUCAGAAGGGGAGGAUGGAAGUUUGGAUCAGGACAGUAAGAAGCUAAAGACCAGUUGGCUUAUUCUGAAAGGGGAUAUGGACACCAGAACUAAUUCCCCGGAUUCAGAAACUCGGUCCCUGUCUCUUACUCCUGGAACUGACAGAGAAAACUUCCAGAGAACACAGGAGGGUACUACUGCCACAUACUCCCGAUUUCCAUAUUCUAAAUCUGCUUCUCUACCUGGUUAUGGAAGGAAUGGUUUGCAUCAGCCUGAAAAUAUGGGCCAAUAUGAAACAGACCAAGAAGCAAGCUGGGGGAUGAAAGAAUACAAGGUAAGAAGGGCUUUUCCAACACUGGAAGAACAAUCAGAUUCAGCACUUCCUAGCAAGAUUUAUCCUUAUGAAACCCUUAUUGUAACAAACCGAGUUCGUGUGAAAUUGCCUAAGGAUGUGGACAGGACCAGACUGGAGAGGCAUUUGUCUCCUGAAGAGUUCCAGGAAGUCUUCAAAAUGAGCAUUGAGGAAUUUGAUCGUCUGGCACUUUGGAAGCGGAAUGACCUGAAGAAAAAAGCCCUGCUUUUCUAGUCCCUCAUGGAUAAACAUGUGCUUAAUCAAACAAAAAUAGUCUUGCCAGAACUAUCACAUGCACUUGCUGUUCAAUCAUUGUCCAGCUUCAUUGUGUUAGUAUGUGUCGGGGGAAACAGGACAGAUUAGAUGGCAAUGCGUUGGAAUACAGAGAAUUUGCUAACCUUGCAUGACCAGCUGUUUUUUUCAGUAACUCCUGGUCCUACCCAGUUUACAACAUGCAAAAAUCUAGCUUUAAAUUUAUUGUUGCUUGCAGUUAUUGCUUGAUGCAAAUCAAAAUUCUGAAAGGAAGAGAAAAAGUCUAGUUGUGACAAAGGAAAUGCAUUCAACAUUUUGUUUCAUUAAGUUUUACAAUACAAUUUUUACAAAAUCAAGUAAGUAAUUAAUAUAAAAUUCACCAAUGGGGGAUCACAUGCUAUUAAAAAUGUGGUAAAAGCCAAAGAAAAGCAUGUCCACAAGCAAUUAUUGCAGCUUAUGUUUAUGUGUGGUACUUUUUAAGAAUGAAAGCAAAAAUAUGGAAGCACCUUAAUUCUACUUCUUAUACUUUAGACACAGCCUACUCUCUAAAAGGUCGUAUUUGUCUAAAUGGUAACUAGCUAUCUUUAAUUACAGCACAAGAGUUUUUAUUUUAUUAAGAAUAUAUUGUGACAUAAAACACUUAUAAUGACAAAAUGUAUACAGAAACCUACUUAAAAAUGUAGUCCCAUUCAUCAGGAAAACUGAAGCCUUAUUACAAAACUGGCAUAAGAAUAUAUUAUGCCACUAAACUGUGUUUUCCUACUAUUUUAGGAUGUUUGGGGAACUUUUUUUUUUACAUUUCAUGCUGAUAAAAAUGCCAUGUAAUCUUAAUUAUAUGUAGAUAGAUAUCUAUCUAUAAAAGAUUUUUUUUUCAUUAAUAUAUAUUCUAAGUAAAGACAUUUUUAGUUUCUCUACUAUCUAGCUUAUCAUGAUAAGCCAUGAGAACUGUAAUAGCAAUUGGUAGGUAUGGAAAUGGAACAGUUCAGCAUAAAAUGUAACAAAAAAAAAAAAAAAGCAGCUUGGUGUGCUCUAUCAAUAGUAUAUCAAAUUAUAAUCAAAUAUAUGAAACCCUCAUGCAUUACUAUUUGCAUGUUUCUGUACAAAUCAAUUAAAAAA